AUGACAUAUGGUAUUGAAAUGGAACGUCAAGCCAGAAAUAAGUAUGAAGAAUUAUAUGGUGUUUCAGUUAAAGCAUGUGGAUUGUUUGCUGACAUAGAAUUCCCUUUUCUAGCAGCAAGCCCUGAUGGCCUAAUUGACGAAAACAGUAUCAUAGAAAUAAAAUGCCCAUAUGUAGCAAGAGAAACCAAUACAAUCCUUGAAGCCGUAGAAAACAAACUAUUGCAGUACUGCACAGUCGAAAACAAUGUUGUACAACUAAAAAAGGACCAUAAAUAUUAUUUCCAAGUCAUAGGGCAAUUGCGAAUAACUAAUCGUAAUAUAUGUAAUUUUGUAAUUUUUUCUCCGAACUGGAUAAACGUUCAAAAAAUCGAAUUUUAUGAGAUAUUUUGGAAAACAAAAAUGGAGGAAAAAUUGAAAACGUUUUAUUUGGAUUGUCUGUUACCUGAAAUUGCAUGUCCACUUUAUGGAAAACGCCUAGAAUUAACAGACAUCAGAGAACCCAGACACAUUUUAAAUGAAAAAGAAAAAAGAAAAAGCAAAAGAUAAUAAACAGAAUUAG